GAGCCCACCAGAAACCAGAGUCUGUCGGGGUCCACCAGAGUCCAUCGGGGUCCACCAGAGUCCACUGAAGAGCAGAGCCCAUCAGAAUCCACCAGAGACCAGCAGCACAACAUGAUCUUCAUCUUCUUUAUAGUUUUUCUUCCAGCAGCUCAGCUCCAGGACCCCCAGGACCCCCAGGACCAGUGUCCUGGUGGCUCCUGCAACCCCCAGCUUGGUGACCUGAUGGUGGGUCGAGCAGCUCAGCUGUCAGCUUCAUCCACCUGCGGUCUGGAUGGACCACAGAACUACUGUAUCAUCGGAUACCUAGAGGAGGAACAAAAGUGUUUUACAUGUGACUCUCGGCUGCCGUACAAUCGCUAUAACAACCCCAACAGCCACCGCAUCGAGAACGUCAUCACGACCUUUGACCCUGAGAGAAAAAUGAAGUGGUGGCAGUCUGAGAACGGGGUUCAUCGGGUCAGCAUCAGGCUGGAUCUGGAGACCGUGUUCCAGUUCAGUCAUCUGGUUCUCACCUUCAAGAGUUUCCGUCCGGCGGCCAUGUUGGUGGAGCGAUCAAAGGAUUUCGGACGAAGCUGGAAAGUCUUUCGGUACUUUGCAGAAGAUUGUUUGCUUCAUUUCCCUUCAGUUUCCAAUCAGCCGGCCGACAGCAUCGAUGAUGUCGUCUGUGACAGCAGAUACUCUGGAUCAGAUCCGUCCACUGAUGGAGAGGUGGUGCUGAAAGCUCUGGAUCCCAUCUUUGAGAUCGAAAACCCAUAUGCACCGAACAUCCAAGAUCUGAUCACCUUGACAAAUAUUCGUAUUAACUUCACUCGUCUCUUCACGUUGGGCGACACUCUGCUGGGUCGAAAGCGCAGGAACCCUGAGGACAAAUAUUACUACGCUCUUUACAACAUGGUGGUUCGAGGUAGCUGCUUCUGUAACGGACACGCCAGCCAGUGUACGCCCGUGGACGGAGGACGAGGGGACGUCUUCACCCAGACUGGCAUGGUUCACGGUCGAUGUGUCUGUCAGCACAAUACAGCCGGAGAGAACUGUGAGAGAUGUCAGGACUUUCACCACGACACUCCCUGGAGGCCUGGAGGAGAAAACACAGCGAACAUCUGCAGGAGAUGUAACUGUCACGGUCACUCGGACUCCUGCCACUUUGACCCUGCGCAGUUUGAAGCGACAGGCGGCCGAAGUGGUGGCGUGUGUGAGGACUGCCGCAAUGACAGGACUGGGCCUCAGUGUGAGCGAUGUCGACCUUUUCUGUAUCGAGAUCCACAGAGAGCAGCAGAGGACCCGCACGCCUGCAUACCGUGUGACUGUGACCCGACCGGUUCUCAGGGAGGCGGUCUGUGUGACGGUCUGAGCGGUCAGUGCAUCUGUAAAGAAAAUGUGGAGGGUCAGCGCUGCGAUCGAUGCAAACACGGCUUCUUCAAUCUGAGACAGGACGACCCCGCCGGCUGUCAGGUGUGCCAGUGUCAUGUUUUUGGAAGUGUCGGCACAUGUGAUCAGCAGACAGGAAGUUGUGUGUGUGACCAUUUGGCAACUGGACCGCUGUGUGAUCGAUGUGUGGACGGUUUCUGGGGUUUGGGAAACUCAGUGUACAGAUGCUCGCCCUGUGACUGCGAUAUCGGAGGAGCUCACGGCACCAGGUGUUCUCCAGAGGAAGGACAGUGUCAGUGUUUACCCAACAUGGUGGGUCGGCGCUGCUCUGACCCUGCUCCUGGGUACUUCCUGCCUCCAUUGGACUACUUCCUGUAUGAGGCAGAGCUCGCUGCUCCACUGCAUGGAGCUCCUCCUGCUUUGACUCCUCCUCCGUCUUCUUCUCUGUUGAACCCGGGUCUUCUACCUCAGUGUGAGAAGUAUUACAGAGAACAGGGUUACGACUUUAAAUUGUCUAAUGGACGAGUCGUUUUGGUUCGGAGGACUCGACGACUCGCACGUCAGAGGAGGCAGGGACAGCAGAACGGCAUCCCUCUGGAGCCGGGUCACGCCCUGCAGAUCAUCCCCCGUCAGAGAAUACCUGGUCAGCCGAUCACCUGGACCGGCCUGGGAUUGGUCAGAGUGUUGGACCGGGCGGGGCUUAGGUUCACCGUGGACAAUCUCCCGUCGUCAAUGGAUUACCAGCUGGCGAUUCGUUACGAGCCGGAGUCUCCGUCUGAUUGGCUGGCUUCAGUCAGCAUUACUCCAGUGUCGCCGGGCGACGGUGGCUGCAGCAGCGACCCGACAGGAACUAAAACGCUGGUUCUUCCUGGAAACUCCAGAGGAGGUAUUCUGGAUUUUCCGGUGUGUCUAAACGCCGGCGGUCGGUACUUUGUGGACAUCGUCUUUAAUAAACUGCCCGGAUCUGACGACCCCUCCAGCUCACACAUCCUGAUCGACUCGAUGGGUCUGAUUCCCAGCAUCGAGUCUGUCCGAGAUUUCUGCUCCGAGAGUGACCUUGACUCUUUCCGCCGCUUUCGCUGCAUCGGAUUGGCUGCUGAGCUCAGUCCACAGGAGGCGUUACCAGAAGUCUGUGAGGGACUUAUCAAGAGCAUGUCGGCACGAAUCCACAAGGGAGCUGUUCCUUGCGGGUGUAACGUCGUUGGCUCUCGUGGCCCAUCCUGCACUAAUCAGGGAGGGCUCUGUGAAUGUAAACCCAAUGUGAUUGGCCGUUGCUGUGAUACCUGUGCACCACUGACGUUUGGCUUCGGACCCGAGGGCUGCCAACCAUGUGAGUGUGACCCUCGUGGUUCAGUGUCGGAGCUGUGUGAUCAGGUCAGAGGUCAGUGUGCAUGUCGUUCAGAGGUCACAGGUCGACGCUGCGAUCGCUGUCAGACUGGAUUCUGGAGUUUCCCGGUCUGUCGACCCUGUGAGUGUAACAGACUGUCGGAGGUGUGUGAUGAAGAAACUGGAGAGUGUCUGAACUGCAGGGAGCACGCCACGGGACCAAACUGUGACAGGUGUGUGGAGGGUUACCAUGGUAACCCUGUCUCCAGACAGCCCUGUCAGCCCUGCCUGUGUCCAGACAUUCAGGGCAGCGGACGAUUCUUCGCCAUAUCCUGCCACAAUGACCCACAGUCCCUCAGUAUGACCUGUGACUGCAGGGAGGGGCACACAGGUGUGCGCUGCGACAGAUGCAGCCCUGGUUUCUUUGGCGACCUGGCGUCGCAAGGUGCCAGCUGUGAGGAGUGUCCCUGCAACAACAACAUCGACCCGGAUGAUCGCAAUGCCUGUGACAGCCUGACGGGAGAAUGUCUGCACUGCCUCCACAACACGAUGGGAUCACACUGCCAAGACUGCAAACCUGGUUACUAUGGCAACGCCCUGGACCAGGACUGCAAAGAGUGCUCUUGUGAUCGACGGGGGACAGAGGUGACUCAGUGUCCUCUGGGGAGCCCCUGUUACUGUGAUCCCAGGACGGGACAGUGUCCCUGCAGGACAGGGGCAAUGGGCGUCCUCUGUGACGAGUGUGAGGACGGGUACUGGAACCUGGAUGGAGCCUCGGGAUGUCAGCCCUGCAGCUGUGAUCCUGUUAACUCUUUCAACAACAUCUGUGACAAGGUGACGGGACAGUGUCCGUGUCGUCCCGAGUUUGGAGGAAGACAGUGCGACGAAUGUGGAGAGAAUCAUUUUGGGAAUCCAGACCUGCAGUGUAUCUCUUGUGACUGUAACCUGGAGGGGACUGAUCGUCCGUCAUGUGACCCUGAAACGGGUGAGUGUAUCUGUCGCGUCGGUGUCACCGGUAUCUUCUGUGACGAGUGCGCCCCUGGCUAUGACUCAGCGUUCCCAGCAUGUGAGGAGUGCCACCCAUGCACCACCCUCUGGGCCGGGGACGUCACUGAUGUCCAGCGAGCCGCUCAGAGGAUGAGAACCUUCAUCCCUCGUGAUGACCUGCAUCCCGGAGGCAGUAGCCCGCAUCUACGGAUGCUUGAGAUGCACUCUAAGCUGGAUGACCUCGCCAACCUGACGGGACUCUCCCCAGCAAAGGUGGAGAAGGUGGAGAAACUGAGUUUGAUGAUCGGGAAGCUGAAAGACUCCAUCGACCCAUACCUGAUCCUGAUCGACCCGUCUCCUCUCCUCAACACUGAAAUCGACAACAUUCGCCUGGAUUUUAAGAAGCUUCUAACCAGGCUGAAGGAGAAACUCAACGAGGAUCCGGACGCUGAAGAUGAAGAUGUGGAGGAGCUGAUGGAAGAGAUCCAGAAGCGUUAUAAAGUCUUCAUGUCGGACGAGAAGAGAGUGAGAAACGCAAACAAAGCCUUGGAGGACUCCAUGGACACCAGACAGGAAGUCAAACGCAAACUGAGCAUGGACAGCGACAAAGGAGACCUGGCACCGGUGGAGAAGAAGAUCAAAGAGCUCAGUGUGGUCGACCUCAACCGAAAGGUCUGUGGACAACCAGGUCUGGAGGACUGUUCUGGGUGUGGUGGAGCUCUGUGUGAGCUGGGUCUGGGAAAAAGGAAAUGUGGAGGUCCAAACUGUGACGGAGUCGUUCCUGUCAGUCAGAAAGCUUCAGAGACAGCAGAGAAAACAAAGAACCAACUCAGCACACUUCCAUCCAGUCUGCAGGAGUCCAAGAACAAGAUCAAUGAUGCCAAACAGGCGGCUCAGAGCACCAAAGACCAGGCCAAAGACCUCCAGGACCGGAUCAACGACAACAUAGACUCUCUGUCGAGAGAGAAAAAUAGAAUCAAAGAGCUUCUCCAACGAGUGAAAGACUACUUGACGGAUGAAAUGGUUCCUCCAGAAGAUGUCGAGAAAAUGGCCCGAGCUGUUCUAGCCAUCCAGCUGCCACGAUCGCCCGAUCAGAUCCAAUCAAUGAUCAAUGACAUCAAUAAUCUGCUGUCUAAGCCCACCAAUUUCCAGAAUGACCUGAAAGACCUGGAGGAGCACGCCAAGACUGCUCAGGACCUGCUGCAGAAAGCUCAGGAAGUCAAGGAGCGGGCGAAGAACAUUGAUGUGACAGAGAUCAAGAAAGACAUUUAUCAAGCAGAGAGAGCUCAGGACAAAGCCAACGACGACCUGGACGCAGCCACCUUAGACAGAGACGUGGCCAAGGACAGACUCCGUAUUGUGAGAGACAAACUGGAUGACGCUGCAAGGAAGCUGUUGAAACGUCAACCGCAAAAUCUGCAAGACCAGAUCAAAGACCUGAAGAAGAAAACUGACCAGAACAGACUGAUGGCUGUAGACGCCCUGGCGUCAGCUGUCGAUGCUUUUAAACAGAGUACCGACACAAAACCAGAGCUGGACGAAGUGAGGAAGCAGUUUGAGCUUUUACAGCAGAAGAGCUCGAAUCAGACAGGUCAGGAUGACGCUGCAGAACGAGUGAAGAAAAUCAAGGACGAGGCGGAGAAGAUGAAGAAAGAGGUGGAGGACAAACUGCAACAGAUACAAGAUCUGGAGAAGAAGAUUCAGCAACUGAUCAAGAGUAAAGAGGACAAAGCAGCUGAAGUGUCCACGCUGUUGGACACGGUGGAUUCAAUUCGACGGGAAAUCUCCAAACGAGCCGAAACAUACCCCACCUGUACUGCAUAAAUACUACUGAGUACUAGAUACCGAAAUACUGCACCCCACAAAUACUACUAAGUACUACAUACUGAAAUACUGUACUUCAUAAAUGCUACGGAGUACUACAUGCUGAAACACAGGUCCUCAUAAAUACUACUGAGUACUACACACUGAGACACAGAUUGUCACAAAUACUACUGAGUACUACAUGCUGAAACACAUGUCCUCACAAAUACUACUGAGUACUACAUACUAAAAACACAUGUCCUCACAAGUACUACUGAGUACUACAUACUAAAAACACAUGUCCUCACAAGUACUACUGAGUACUACAUACUAAAAACACAUGUCCUCACAAGUACUACUGAGUACUACAUACUAAAAACACAUGUCCUCACAAGUACUACUGAGUACUACAUACUAAAAACACAUGUCCUCACAAGUACUACUGAGUACUACAUACUAAAAACACAUGUCCUCACAAGUACUACUGAGUACUACAUACUAAAAACACAUGUCCUCACAAGUACUACUGAGUACUACAUACUAAAAACACAUGUCCUCACAAGUACUACUGAGUACUACAUACUAAAAACACAUGUCCUCACAAGUACUACUGAGUACUACAUACUAAAAACACAUGUCCUCACAAGUACUACUGAGUACUACAUACUAAAAACACAUGUCCUCACAAGUACUACUGAGUACUACAUACUAAAAACACAUGUCCUCACAAGUACUACUGAGUACUACAUACUAAAAACACAUGUCCUCACAAGUACUACUGAGUACUACAUACUAAAAACACAUGUCCUCACAAGUACUACUGAGUACUAAAUACUAAAAACACAUAUCCUCACAAGUACUACUGAGUACUACAUACUGAAAUACUGCACUUCAUAAAUACUAUUGAGUACUAGAUACUGAAACACAGGUUCUUACAAAUAGUACUGAGUACUACAUGCUGAAGUACUUGUAAGUACUACAUAGUGAAGUACUGCACCUCAUAAAGUACACAGAAGUUCUGUGUGUUUUCCUGAGAGAACGAUGACUCAGACUGAAUCUAAUGAAAACAGUAGUUAUACUUUUUUCACUUUUUAUCUUGAACUUUUAGAGAUUUGUAUGUUUUCAUAUAUUUGUUGAAGUGAUAUGUUUCACAUGUUGUAUCUUUACAGGUUAUGCAAAUACUUGACAU